GUUUAUAAAAUCAAUUAAUGAAAAAGUGCAGUCUGGCUUUAUAGACAUCAAUGCUAUUUGAUGAAUAAGAAGGUUCAUAAACUAAUUAAUUUAGACUUCUAAGCUCAUGAUUGUGAUGGCUUAGGUCCAUGGUUUAAAAUGAAAGAAAAAAAAUAAAUGAUUGUACCAUUAUAGCCAAUAAGAAUUCCUUAAGUUAGAAUUAAAAGCUAAUAAUAAUAAAAACGUGUUCUCAAAAUAAAAACUGAAAGGUAUAAUACUGAAAGGGCCAUGCAUGUAAAUGAGGAACCGAUUCGCUUAAAUAACUUAAAAUAACAUUAAGAAUACAAUGACUCUUCAUCACCAGUAGAAUAAAUUAUUAAGAAACACUUUUCUAAUAAAUAAUCUGUUUUUUUUCCAAAAAGCUAAUAGAGUUCAUUUGUUUAAAAGUCGGAUAGAUCGAAUAGAUAAAUAAGGGUGAAAAAAAUCAAGAUUUGUAAUUCAGACAUUCCAUUACUUAACUAAUAUAAUUAUUUUUCAAGAUUGUCAUGAAGUCUCAAAUAUUAGAUUCUCAACUAAGUGCAAACCC